GGGGAAGCAGAGGAAUGACGAGCCAAACUGACACAGUGUCAGGACACACCCAUAACACUGUUUAUAGGUAAAUUUGCUGAGUCGGACUACCACAGACUGGCUGUCCGGGAGUUGGAGUCGUGUCCACUGGCCAUGGAAAGCCUCGGAGCGCCGCCUUUAAAAGUCCACAACAUCCAUCUGACCGACCGAGACAACCGUAUUGACCAGCGCUCUGCUCAGCUGAAGAUUCCAGUGACUGGAUCAAAAACUGGAGGUUAUCUCUACACGACGUCAUUCAGAGACUUCAACACAAACAGGUGGACUCUGAAACAAGCAGUUCUCCGGCUCCGGGAGGGACAGACCAUCAACCUCCUCCGUCCUCCAGCAGGAGCCACUGCAGCCUCGUCAGAAGAGCUGGCGGAGAGAGACGACUCAGCCCGGUGGGACUGACUGAAGCAGGAACGUGUCUGUGCAGAGCCGUCGUUCUGCAGACUGCCACCUUGUGCUUUCACUUCUUUAAGCCCAGGAUGGAAACCAGAAGGACAUCCCACGGAAGAAGAAAAGCAGUCUGCAGAUGAUUCUGUGCUCGCAGUUGUUCUCAUGGAGUUAAACGUUUGCAGUGUUUGGACUCCCUGUGGUGAACCACAUGAGGAAGAGGACGACUCCUCGACCGGGCUCGUCACAGUUCACAGCAAUAAGUGGCUCAUUGUCUCCAUUUCCACAGUUCAACAUGAAACAUGCUUGAAAUAAAGCAGAAAGCUGUUGGC